AGCCUGUAACUCAUAGCCCAGGCUCAGGAGCAGAAUCCAGUGUGUGCCUGCGUCUUUCUCUCUCUCUCUCUCUCUUUCUCUCUCUCUAUCUAUGUGUGUGUGUGUGCAUGAGGGGGGAGGAUCCGUCUCCGUUUCCCCCUAAUGCACGCCAGUGCUGGACGGAGCAGGGAGAGAGAGAGAGAGAAAGAAAGAGAGGAGAGACCUGCCUCUGUCGCGUGUGUGGUUCGCCUGCAUGCUAAGGGCUAAAGAUUUGCAUCUGCUGUGCAACUGGGAACCGCAGGUGCCACACAAUUACAUACAACCCUGAGAUGAUUUGAUGGUAGAAACCAGCACUUUCCGAGGGGAGCACCUGCCUUCAUCCAUCAGACUUGAGCUGGGUGGUAGUGGAGGAGAUCCGGGCGCUGUGCGUUCUCCCUUCCAGGGGCUGCACUAUGGCAGUCUUUUAGUAGGAUGCAUCCUGCUUUGGCUUUGUUCUGCAGAUCCACCCAGCCUCCCAGCCAUCAAGUCACAGGCUAUGGUUUCCUCUGUGGGGAUCUCUCGCGCUUUACUGUUGUCUCGGGUUAGUUUUUGGCCUUGGCUGGAAUUUCAUCGCCUCAUGUCUUGGUUGGCUUCCAUCUGAAAGAGACGAGGAGAAGGAACAGGAACAAGAAGGCAAGCAAGAGAAGGAUCUAUGUCUUUUUUCUUCUUCCACAGUUUUGGGUGAUAAUCCAGCGUCGUUCUGGAGGAGGGAGAUAACCGUUCACCCUGGCUGAAAAACGCAUCCAUUGAGAAGUCUGAAAGAAAUUAACCACGUGAGGGGGAAAGGGGGGGGAGAAAGAAAGGAAAGGAAGGGGAUAAAAAAAAAACAACAACCCUGGGAGAUCAGGAUUUAAUCUUUUUUCCUCUUUUUUGUUUUUGUUUUGUUUUUGUUUUUUUGUUUGUUGUGGUGGCCAAUGAUAAAACUGGUGCCCCUCUGGAGGAGACCCUGAUCUCAAUUUUUAUUAUUAUGCAACAACCACAAGGAUCUCCUCUUUCUCAGGGUGUAUAAGCGCAGGAUUGCUUUUCGCCCAAAUCAAUGUGGUUUCUUUGGAACAUUUUCAGCAAAGGAUCGCAUAUGCUGCAGUGUCUUUGUGGCAAGAGUCUUAAGAAGAACAAGAACCCAACUGAUCCCCAGCUCAAGGGUAUAGUGACCAGGUUAUAUUGCAGGCAAGGCUACUACUUGCAAAUGCACCCUGAUGGAAGUCUCGAUGGAACCAAGGAUGACAGCAGUAAUUCUACAUUGUUCAACCUUAUACCAGUGGGACUUCGAGUUGUCGCUAUCCAGGGUGUAAAAACAGGCUUGUAUAUAGCCCUAAAUGGAGAAGGGUUCCUUUAUACGUCAGAACUUUUUACACCAGAAUGCAAGUUUAAGGAGUCUGUUUUCGAAAAUUAUUAUGUAAUCUACUCAUCAAUGCUCUACAGACAGCAAGAGUCAGGAAGGGCCUGGUUCUUGGGGCUCAAUAAAGAAGGCCAAGUCAUGAAAGGAAAUAGAGUGAAGAAAACAAAACCAGCAGCGCAUUUUCUACCGAAGCCAUUGGAAGUUGCCAUGUAUCGAGAACCAUCUUUGCAUGAUGUUGGAGAAACAGUGCCAAAGGCUGGGGUGACUCCAAGUAAAAGCACAAGUGCAUCGGCAAUAAUGAAUGGAGGCAAACCAGUUAACAAGAGUAAGACAACAUAGCCAGAUCCUCAUGGGUAUUGUGACUUAUUGAGCUCUCUUAAGUACGGCUGAGCAUUUUAUCCUUGCAAGACUGUCUCACUCUGGUGUCUGCGGAUCAGCUGGAGGCAAGCAAAUGCUUGCUCUUCACUCGUCCCAAACUAGGUUAUUGCAAGCGGAUAAAUCUCAACCCGUAACUCCUCCUACAGCAAAGAAGACACCUGGUUAACCAGCUGAACUCAGACCAUGGAAUGCCCUACCAGAUAUGGAAUGCCUUUUUAAUAUCUUUUCUGUGACUGUGACACCUCAUGUGAAUGACAUACUUCACAAGUACACUUGAUAUCCUGCCUGCUGACAGUUACCCAUAACCCCCCUUUUGAGUCCAGGAAACCCAUGUGUUUUAAGUUCAAUUUUGUAGCACACAAAAUAAGUAAUUUCUAGAUAGAUGCUGUAAACCUGUGCUAUUAUGAAUUUUCUCUUCUUCCCCCUUUUUUACAAGGCUGCUCGCUCUGCUGUUUGUGUGACUCCUUUGCAGGGAUUGUGUUUCUCUCAGAGUUAAACGUUGCUGGUGGCUUAGUUCUGAAAAGCAAUCAGGGAAUCAGGGGAGCCUUCGAAACCCUAUUCGGAAUUAUACCUGUCAAGGAAUAGGAUCAUUGUCUCAGAGGUACAAAUGGGGAUUCGGCGUGAAUACUCUCUAGUGUGUUCUUGAGGUUAGCAUUACUGAGAAGGGAAAAGCAUCAAACAUGGCCAGUCAACAAUCUCUCGAGGCCAAUGUUUGACACCCCCUGCCAGUUUCUUUUUGUGUGUGUGUUUUAUACAUAUCACAGGCUUACUGGUAAUGGUAACAUUUGCCUUGCCCAGCGAGCAAGACCCACACAUUUUUGGGAAAGUGGGUCCAAAGAACUCUGUAGGCCUUGUAGGCCUGAACUAAGGCUCAUUUUUCACCUACUAGUCCUCAUUAUUUGAAAGUUAAAGAAAAAAAAUUAAGAUGAAUGAAAAUUGCGCUACCUAAGUCCAUUUCGAAACAAUAGAAUCCUUCCUGUUUUUAAUGAAUGGAACGUAAUCCCAUCCUUAUUUUUUUUUGGCUGUAGUCCACUCUCUUACUCAGCAAAGCAUGGGCAAGGAAGUUACUGUGUUCUUUUUUGCAGCACCAAUGCAAGGGGUAGAAUAUACUUUAAUACUUUCAGUGUUUUAAAAAAAGAGGGAAGUUUUUCAAUGGGACAUAUUUAAAGAGUUCCUUUGUGUUUCUUUCUAAAAAAGCUCAGCAUGCAGAGUUUAAUGCUCUCUAUAUAAUUUCACCAGUACCACGUUUCCAGUCCAGCUUUUUAAGAUAAUAUAUGCCCACCAAAUUGCUAGGUUUACGGUGCCUUGCCUUGAUCUCAGUAUUCUUUCCAUUGUACUACAUGAACCUAGGAAAAUUCUAACACAAUUACAAGGCUAAGAACUUUUACCAUUUGAUUGCUUAAUAAAACAAAUACUGUUGAUAUUUCCUGGAUAUCAGUUUAAGAGUGGGUUGAAGCCAAUUGAGAAAUGACAAAUGGCCAGAAGUCUUAGGAGACAUGAGAAAAAUGCUGUUAAGACGUUAAGUAAAUUGGUAAAGAAUUCGAAAGUGCUGAUUAGAAAACUUGAUAAAAGCAGAAGGCAUGCUAUGGACCAAAAUGUACCUCAGUUCUGGAAAACCACGUAUUAGACUAUUCGGUGUUCAUUUUCAUGUCCCCCCCCCCUCAUUUCAUUUUUUGAGACUGUGUUUUCAGAAUGGCUUUUAAAAAUUGUUUCACAUUUACAUAAAUUAUGAUCUGUUGAAAUGUUCAGCCUGCUUAGGUAGUCAACUAAAUUGAACAUUGGUUAACUCUUGACGCUUACAAGAUUUUCAUAACAGCUUCUAUUUUAAUAAGCAAACACUUGAUAUACAUCCAAGUAGGUUAUGUGAUGUUGCUUAAGUAGAAAUAUACAAUGUAAGCAUUCAGACCAAUUAAUUUAUGUUUUAUUUCCAUUUAAGACAAGAGACUGUUUAAGGUUGGUUCUUUUUAACCAGAAGAGUGAAGCACAUAAAAUGAUGCUCAAUUUUCCAAGCGCUUAAAAAGACAAAAGAAGAAGAAACUAAAGAGGUGUUUAAAAGCUAUGAAAACGGUAUGUGCACAAAAAUAAACCCUGAGCAUCCUUUUACCCAGUGGCUUUCUCAAAACACUCUCUUGUGUUCUCUACCACAUAGGGACAAAAAGGACCAACUUCCCCUCCAUUAAUUGGAUGUUCAGGGUGAUCAGCAGGUGGUGUGGCCUUCUCAUGCAGGUACACUUAUGUGCAAGGGCUGUGUAGUAAAUACUGAAACUGAAGGUCUCUAAACUAUCCAUACUUUGCUCUCAAAUGUGAAAUGUUUUGUGUUAUUCUCUAAAGACUCAGUUCCAGCAGCCUGCUGACUUUCAUUCUAAAUAGACAAUUAAGUUUCUAUACUGUGCAACUGGAAUUAAUACAACACAAAGUUAUAAAACAGGAAAGCAAAAUAAAAAAGAUGUGAAAUGCAUUCUUUUUGCAAAAUUUUGGAAUCAGUUUUGUAUUGGUGGAUGAAGAAUGGGAGAGGCAGGUGUUGGGUAUACAGUUGACUUUAGCACUGGGAAGUAUGAAGAUGGUACCCUAUCUGGUCAGCUCAUGCAACUGAUUUUAUAAAGCCAGCAUAGGAAAAAAAAUUCCGCCCCUACUGCAUCUUAAUCCAGACUGCACUCAUCACAGUAUAGUCUGUUGGGUCUACCCUGUACUGGCAAUUCUUCAUCUUUUCAUCUAUGGAGAAGCUCAUGAGACAUAAUCAAAGUUCUGCAAAAUGGGAUCAAUAUCCUUUGAAACACAACAAUUUAAUUUCCAACAUGCAAACUCAUAUUGCCAAGCCAACCGGUUGAGAGUGGCUAAUAUAAUGUUAAGGCUGAGUUUAUUUUUGUAAUGUGAAUGGUUGGCGCUGUACUGUAAGUAGAACACACAAUGUCACCUUUGGCAUUCUCUUCUGUGUCUGGAAGGGUCUUAAACCAGUGGAGAACCUGUUUCAGCACAAAGGAGAGGAUUCAUUGUUUCUUGUGCUUCAGUUACUCCUUUAGGUUUGUCUCUUGUCUCAUCUGCUGCAUGGGAAGAGGAUGGUAAUGAUGAACUGCAUGUCGUAGGCUAUAUGUAUCAGACCUGUUGGUAUGUACUGCUAAACUGACAUACAUAUAAGCAAUGAGUUUGUCUGCAUUGUACAGUUUGUGUUUAUUACCAUUUUGUUGUAUACACAGAUGCAACAUAUUGAAUAAAAUAUUUGUAUGAAGGCAUAUUAAAAAAAAACCCAACAUUUGAUAUUUUACCCCCC